ACGUAGAGACACAUACAUACAAAUGUAUGUGGGUGCUAGGUAUUGAUUCUUCCAAUUUACGCGUGACACACAUGUUUUUGACACAUGUAUGCUCCGUUUCGCGGAGCGAUCUUGAACGUUGAUUUCUAUGAUGAUUUAAAGUUUUUCAUAUUGCGGUGCGUUCACGGAUAUACAUCGAUGCACUCGACUCAAUGGCAGAGAAAGAUACGUCAAUGAAGAAAAGCGCAUAGGUUAAGGAGAGAACGAUCCACAUGAAUGAGACACUAUUUCGUGAGCGUGCGGAAAUGGAUAACAAGGCAACUGGUGAAUGUUUGACGUUGGAUUUGGGUCCGUUUGAGACGGUACAUCGAUGGCAACGUAUGCCAGAGUGUGAUGAAUUUGUCGGUGCCAGACGUAGCAAACAUACAAUUGUAGCAUAUAAAGAUGCUAUUUAUGUUUUUGGUGGUGACAAUGGUAAAAGAAUGUUGAAUGAUUUGCUGCGCUUUGAUGUGAAAGAAAAGUCUUGGGGUAGAGCGUUUGCAAUGGGAAUGCCACCUGCACCACGCUACCAUCACUCUGCGGUCGUUCACGGAUCAUCAAUGUUUGUGUUUGGUGGUUACACCGGCGAUAUCCACUCCAACUCCAAUCUUAGUAAUAAGAAUGAUCUGUUUGAGUAUCGCUUUCAGAAUGGUCAGUGGACAGAAUGGAAAUUUAUUGGACUGACUCCAGUGCCUAGAUCUGCACAUGGUGCUGCUGUAUAUGAUAAUAAAUUAUGGAUAUUUGCAGGCUACGAUGGUAAUGCUAGAUUGAAUGAUAUGUGGACAAUAUCAUUAUUGCCUGGUGAUAAUAAAACAUGGGAAGAAGUUAUUCCGGCUGGUGAACGUCCACCGACAUGUUGCAACUUUCCUGUCGCAGUAGCCCGAGAAUCCAUGUUUGUUUUUAGUGGCCAGAGUGGGGCUCGGACAACUAAUAGUCUCUUUCAAUUUCACUUCAAGGAAAGACGGUGGACACGAAUAUCGACGGACCAUAUAUUACGUGGUGCACCGCCGCCACCUGCGCGACGAUACGGUCACACCAUGGUCAGCUUUGAUCGUCAUCUUUAUGUUUUUGGUGGUGCAGCUGAUUCGGCUCUGUCCAACGAUCUCCAUUGUUAUGAUCUCGACACGCAAACAUGGAAUGUCAUCUUACCGUCCUCUGAUAGUCAGAUACCACCUGGUCGACUUUUCCACGCUGCCGCCGUCAUCGGAGAGGCAAUGUUCAUUUUUGGAGGAACUGUGGACAACAACAUACGUUCCGCCGAAAUGUAUCGCUUUCAGUUUUCAUCGUAUCCCAAGUGCACGUUGCACGACGAUUUCGGCAGACUACUCAAUAUUCGUCUCUUCUGUGACGUAGAAUUUAUCGUGGGCGAACUGGAGACCAAAAUACCGGCGCACAUAGCUAUGGUAGCGGCGCGCUCACAAUUUCUUCGGGCGCGUAUUCGACAAGCUCGUGAGAAAAGGGACAAACAUCUGGAACAAGUGUUUAGUACAGUUGACGUACCUAUCAAAGUCCCACCAUUGGAGGUGAUAUUGAAAGACGCUGUGCCUGAAGCUUUUGAAAUGGUGCUAAACUACAUUUAUACCGAUCAUAUUGACCCCACUAAACGAUCGGAUGACAAAAUCGAGGAUCCGCAGAGUAAUCGCAUUGUACUUCUUAUGAUGGAUGUAUAUCGUCUCGCUGUGCAAUUUAAUAUGGAACGCUUGGAACAGUUGUGUGUUAAUUACCUCGAGGCAACCAUAAGUCACGCCAAUGUCUUAGAGGCUUUGCGUAAUGCCGUGCAUUUAAAGCUAUAUUUUAUAAAAGAGUUUUGCCUCAGUUUCGUCGUCAAGGAGAAUAAUUACAACUUAAUCGUAAUGAGCCAAGAAUUUGAAACUCUCGAUCAACCGCUAAUGGUAGAAAUUAUUAGGAGACGACAGAUGCCUCAAACAAGAACUUUUACAAAGUACGAAUACGAAUCUGUUACUGGAACUAGUCUGGAGCAAGAUAUGGAAGCAUUUUUGAAUAAUGUUGGUAAGGAAUUUUGCGACAUCACAUUAAUGCUGGCCGAUACGCUGAUUACGGCGCAUAAAGCCAUUCUCGCGGCGCGAUGUAGUUACUUUGAAGCAAUGUUUCGAUCUUUUAUGCCUGAAAAUAACAUGGUGAAUAUACAAAUCGGAGAGAUGAUACCAUCAUUAGAUUCUUUCAAGUCAUUGCUGAGGUACAUUUAUUGUGCGGAUGUUUCAAUGCCCCCUGAAGACUCCCUAUAUCUGUUUACUGCACCAGUAUUUUACGGCUUUACAAAUAACCGGCUUCAAGCGUUUUGCAAACAGAAUCUUGAGAUGAAUGUUACUUUCGAGAAUGUUAUACAGAUUUUAGAGGCAGCUGACAGAAUGCAAGCUACCGAUAUGAAAAAAUAUGCACUAAAUCUGAUAGUUCAUCACUUUACUAAGGUUGUAAGGCUUCCCAGAUUAAGACAAUUGGAUCGCGAUCUUUUGGUGGAUAUUCUAGAAGCGGUGGCCGACGAACGUAGCGAAGCUAGAACGUGUCAAGACAUGACAAAUGAUUGCUGACGGAUUUCUACUUCAGAUCGUCGUCCAUGUAGUUGGGAUUUACCAUCACCGUGCAGUUUCCAAGAAUUGUGUCGGGUGAAUUUCAUUCUUAUAGGACGAACGAUUCUGUUUGUCGGUAACUGUUAUCUCGAUCAUACAGCUAAAACUUGCUUGACGUCAGAUAUACAAACUUUGCUGCCAUUAUCGGUGACUACAUCAUCCGCUUCGAUUCAUGAAUCAUCUAUUACGUGCAAUAUCGAUCAUCCAGAUACAUCGUCUCGUUGUAGCGACGACAGGAGGCAACACCAAUGGUCUACCAUUACCCGUCGCUGUUCCGUCAGUUGCAAUGUAUUGAGACGCACCGUCGUUGCACUAUCGGACUUCGGGCUUAGGAAAUUAUUCCCAUAAUCGAGAUUUUAUUAAUGUUAAAUGAAAUGGCAAUGAUUUUUACUUUUGUGUUAUAGAGAAUUGCUUAAUGUGUGUAUGAAAAAUUUUAAUGUAAGAUUAUACUUAGUGACUGUCUCUAUGUGAUGUAACAGAAUAUUAAAAACAUCAUAUGAUAUGUACACAGGAUAAGAUAUAUUUUCUAUAGAUAGAUCAAUAUCUCAGUGGUCAUUUGAAGAAUAAUGUACAUAUUCUUCAAUCGGUGAUUGUUAAAUACUGAUUUAGUUAUACAGAGAGUUAAAAGAUGAGUAAAUAGUAGUAACUUUUGUUUUUAUAACUUUCUUUAAAAAAAGAAA